CUACUGUAAAUAAUACUGAAGUUAAGACACCUUGACCUGUUGAUAUUUAGCUAACGUUAGCUAGGUUUUAAAAAAUAAAAUAAAAAAGUCCCUGGCUUCGUUCGGCCUCCGACAAGUCGCGCCUUUACGGAGGCCAAUCAAAAACGGUGGCGGUACAUUUGAGUCCACAAUUUUCCAUCCGGUGCACCAGCAAAUGCAUCAACACAUAAACAUCUUAAAGUCUGUUUACUGUCCAGCAAAUGACAAUCUCAAUCCAUUGAAGAUGGAAAUGUAUGUUUCCAGCAUAAGCAAACGUAAUGCCACAAAGACAGAUCUGAGUUUGUUGCUGGAGUGUCUGAAGUACCAGAUGAAAUGUCCUGCUUCACAGAAACAAGCUCUUUUCACCAUCUACUCCAUCUGUCAACAGAGAGAAGAGAAUGUGGACUUCUUCAGAGAGAUGGGAGGAGUGGUGUUUGUGUACAACCUCUCUAAAUCCAGUGCUCACUCAGAGGUCAGGGAGACUGCUCAGUUCACACUGGGAAUGCUGGCAGAGGCCAAUGUGUACUGUAAGCAGGCCCUGUGUAGGAGGGAGACAUUCAGUGAUCUGGCCGAGUGUCUGAUGCAGCAGGACAGUCCACUGACCCAGAGGAGAGUAGCUGUCUACCUGCUCUCUGUCCUCGUCGCCAACAACAGGUCUGGCCAGAAGUUCGCUCAGACCUCAGGCUGUCUGGAUAUCCUGCUGGACUUGUUCAGAACUAGUUUCCCUCUCUCUGGUGAGGCCACAGUGAGACCUGCUAACGUCACUCAGCUGUUCCAACUCUGGACCUCUGUGUCCAGUGCUCUCUGUGGCUGUGUCAACAACCCCCAGAAUGAGGAGAGCCAGCGUAUGUGUGUGUCAGCCUUCCCCCUGGUCAAGGGCUGGCUGCAGCAGCUCUCUCACCCCUACGCAGAGAUGGUUCAGCCCAUCUGCUCCUUUAUAUCCAUGACUGUUGCCAACAACCAUUGUGCUCAGGAUAGUUUUUCCACAGUCGGCGGGCUCGGAAAUCUGACACUCACUCUGAUUCGCUUAGCCUCUGAUGCCUCCCACAGCCCAUUGGCCUGUCAGCUGUCUGUCAUCAUGACCAAGACCCUGUCAGCCUGCAUCAUUGACAACCCUGUGUUGGCGUCAGGUCUGGCAGGUUAUGGUUUGGUUCCUCAGCUCCACUCCCUGCUGUCCAGCCCCAGCCUGGAGCCCCAAGACAGGCUCAUUGUCAUACUCACCCUGGGACACUGCACUGAGGCCUCUGAGGAGCACCGGUCUCAGUUCUUACAGUGUGGAGGUCUGUCCCUCAUCACUCUACUGACUGAGUCUACCAGUGAAGAGCUCAGGAAGGCUGCUGCCUUCAUACUGCAGACCUGCAAACAGGCUACUGUGUUUCUGCGCGGUUCGGUACAUGGGGAGUCUCAGGCUCAGACUGCAGAGCUGGAGCCCCCUGUGGACAUGGAGGGGUACUGGAGGUCAGCACGAGACAUGCUGCACAGGAUCAACCAGCUGGAGAGACAACAGGCUCAGGUAUAUUACACCACACACACAUAUACAUGGCGGGAACCCGGUUACUGGGAUUUACCGCCCAAGACCAUUCUCCUUACUAGAAUAGCGUUCUGGACAUUUUUUUUACCAUACCAGGAGUGGAAUGGAGGCAGGAGGUAUGAGGAAAGAGAGCGUUGGAGAGGAGUAGAGAGUUGGGGUCAAGAGAGAAGAGAGGAGGGAGGAGGAGAAGAGAGGGGGAUGUCCUGUGAACACACCCCAGUCUGGCCGGUUCUAGUGGGGAAGGGUGGAGAUGGAGAGAGAGAGGAUCUACACCAUAGAGUCCUAGAGGAGAAUCAACCCACAAACAGAGGGCAGGACCUAACGGUUGAUCAGAAGCGUGUAAGGAGACAGACCAGUGAGGAGCCUCAGAAACCCAGCCGCAGCAGAGAGAGUGAGAGGGAGAAGAGAACACACACACAAAGGCACACCACUCUGCACAUGUACACACUUGGAAACACACAACCAGAGAAGGACAGGGGCUUGGCAGCUAAGAGAAAUACUUAUCCUCUCUACACAAACACACUCACAGAGAAAUGCACAAACACAGCAUCACACACACAGACCGAGAACUGCAGAGACAAGCACCUUGGCAUGAGAGAGCAGGCUCACACACCGUCUGUGUCAGCCGUGGGCUAUGCUGGACCUUGUAGAGCUAGUGUCCCUGGGCAGCCCUGUGAUGGAGAGGAUGAGAGGUGUUCUGUAUAUCUGGGGACAGGAACACUGGUCCCUUCCUCCUCCAGUCCACUAGAAGGACACUCCCAGACACACACACACAGGUCAGCACUCUGCACUAUAUGCAAAUGCAGUAUUUAUCAUUCUUCUCUCCCUCAUGGUGUGUGUUUUAGCCAAGUGUUCAAGUGCCCAGCUCCAGGCAAGCCAGGAAUGAGCAGGCAGAAGAAACCGUUGGAUGAUGAAGGCUGUGUGUUCGGUUUGGUGACCAGCCGGUCGUUCCCUGUCCUCCAAAGGAACUGUCCCCACAGCUGUGACCUGCACCUGGUAUUGCAGCAGGCCACACACAGCUACACACAGCACCUCCGAGAUAUACGCAAGAGGAGAGAAAUACACACAAAGGAACAGAGAGAGACUCAGCGAGGGACACGGAGCGUCUGGGAUCACUGCAGAGAUAAGAUUCCUGAAGUGCUGAACACACCCACACACCGAUGUGAUUUGAAUUGGGAUAUGUGUCCUGUUGUAACAGAGGCCAGUCUGACUCCUGUCUGUAAAGGAACCCUCCUGCGGAGCUUCUCAACCAACAGCGGACAACGCAACACUGAUCACAACCAUGUGAGUCUCACUCCCCUUGAGACCUGUGGUCCAUGUGAAGGUAUCGCUUGGAAUCCUUUGCAUAAAGAUUGGAUGAAGAGCCUCUCUUCUGUGACCAGCAGGGGGCAGGAGAGAGGAGACAGAAGGGAGGACGGUGUCAUGGAUGAGGACAUGGAUGAGGAGGACGGUGUCAUCGGUGGGGAGGACGGUGUCAUCGGUGGGGAGGACGGUGUCAUCGGUGGGGAGGACGAUGGGGAGGACGGUGUCAUGGAUGAGGAGGACGGUGUCAUCGAUAAUCAGCAGAAGACUCUUUCUAUGGGAAGCCCAUCUUUGACUGUAAGAGAGAUGAGUAGCAGUUCCAAAACCAAGGAAAAGAGGGUGAAAACCAAUGAGAGGAGGGAGAGGAGGAACUUCAGCCGUGAGGAGGAGAGUUAUCUGUGUCGAGGUAUAGAGCGGUUUGGUCCAUCCUGGAACUCCAUCCUUUGGGCCUAUCCGUUCCAGCCGGGACGCACCAACGUUGACCUGGCCAAGAAAUACAAACGCCUGCAGAGUUUCCAGUCUGUCUGUGUCCCUCCUGGAUCUGAGGCCUUACCCAGCAUCACUGUCAACCAAAUCUCAUUUGAGGAUUUAAAGAAAUCAAUAUCUGCACUUAAACAGCGACUGGAGGUUAUAUUCAAGGAGGAAAUGGCCAAGAUACCUGGGAAAGGUAGGACUUCACACACAAACAGCAAAGGUAAAGGUACGUUAUAUCUUAUUGUUUUUUGGAAAUGUUUGUACAUAAAGAUUAUGUUGCUUUAUCUGGUAAGAGAGUAAAUCAUAUGGUAUGAUCAUGUAAUUUGAUUUUGAACAGUAAAUGUGAGAACAAUGUUUUAGCUUGUCAGACUUUCUAUAUUGCAUCUU